AUGGGCUCCAGCUACUCAAAGCCAGUCGGCGCCAUCGAAAAGAGAGCUCCUCUCAUCCAACAGAGUGACCUCGAAAAAAAAGAUCUGACAAUCGAGAUCCCUCCACCGUACCAGAUCAUCGAGCGGCCCUCGACCCCGUCCGUCUCGCUGGAUCGCGUCCAGGACUGGACCGAGUCGCUUUUGGACGAUCCCAAGAACCGCCUCGCCCUCUCCAGUCUGGCCACGGCCUCGUACACGCAGGUCCUCGCCAACCGAUCCGCCCUCAACGCCGACCUUCAAGUCUUCAACCUCAAGGUGCCCGUCGAGGGUGCUCCCAUAACCAAUCAACGCUCCUCGGGACGAUGCUGGCUCUUCGCCUCGACGAACAUUUUCCGCUUGCCCAUCAUGAAAGCCUACAACCUGCGCGCGUUUGAGCUCAGCCAGGCAUACCUCUUCUAUUGGGACAAGAUCGAGAAGGCGAAUUAUUUCCUGGAGACCAUCAUUGAGACCGCUCAUGAGGAUUUAUCCGGUCGCUUGGUGCAGAAACUGUUCCAGGACCCCGUCACUGAUGGCGGCCAGUGGGACAUGGUCGCCAAUCUGGUGCGCAAGUAUGGACUUGUCCCCCAGGCUCUGUACCCCGACAGCUAUCACGCGCAAAAUAGCGGCAAGAUGAACUGGCUUAUUACUGCAAAGCUUCGCGAGCACGCGUUGAUUCUGCGUCGCCUCGCGCAAAGUUCGGAUCCCACGGAGCAAGCGCAGAUAGAGUCGGCGAAGCAGCAAUUCCUGCAGGAAAUUCACUCCCUGGUUACCUUGAUGCUCGGGCCUCCGCCGAGCCCUGAAAAGGAGUUUGUUUGGCAGUUCGUUGAUGCCGAUGGCAAGGCCCGAGAGGUCCGGCAAACACCACUCGGAUUUGCACAGCCGGUGAAUAUCUCACGAUCGCAAAGUAAAGUCUCUCCAAGUCGCAUGUUCAGUCUUGUCAACGACCCUCGAAAUGAGUACAACCGUCUACUGACGGUGGAUAAGCUCGGAAACAUCAUCGAGGGCCGCCAACUAGCAUACGUCAAUGUUGAGAUGCCAAUCCUCAAGAGAGCCGUCAUUGCCAUGCUCAAAGCCGGCUCUCCCGUGUUCUUCGGCUGCGACGUGGGCAAAUUCUCCGAGCGCGAGCAGGGCGUCAUGGACCCCGAUCUGGUAGAUCUCACUCUAGGGUUCAACAUCUCACUGGGGCUGAAUAAGGCCGAACGACUUUCCAUUGGCGAAACCGCCAUGACCCAUGCAAUGGUCAUUACAGCAGUGCAUCUCGAGAAUGACCAGCCGGUCCGUUGGCGCGUCGAAAACUCCUGGGGCGAAAGUUCCGGUGAUCACGGAUGGUUCGUCAUGACUGAUAAGUGGAUGGAUGAAUAUACCUUCCAGGCUGUGGUUGACUCGAGCCUUGUCUCGAGGGAGGUCCGCGAGGUCCUGGAGCAGGAGCCAAAGGUUCUUCCGCGGUGGGAUCCUAUGGGUGUUCUUGCUUGAAUCACUGCAUUGAAGGAUUGAAUUUGGCUGGAGAUUGCUGAGGACAGAUUGCUCACUAAAUCCCAGUGGAAUAUAUUAUCAUUACGGAAUUUCCCUGCUUUUUUGGCAAGUUGUGGACAAUGGGCAAUAAACAGAGUCACACCGUGGCGGCUCAGUGGUAAUGAAUAGCUCACAUAAGGCGGCAGGUUUCCGCGUCAGCGUUUGUUUCUUUCUGUCCCCAGAAGCCUGACCAAAUGGCCGAAACAUUGGCAAUAGUCCCUCACAGUCCACAUCCUGGGACAUUGAGUGCUUGAACGGAGUCGACGGGGCGACGGACAGAGCCUGGUGCCAGUGGCGAAUCGGAGGGCACUUUCGACCCACCACAGCAAAAACUUCACAUCCACC